GACCGCCCGAUUCCCGUUCCCGCAUCACCUUCCUCCACCACCGCCUCCCACAUUCUUCGCAUCCCCUUACUUUUUUGUCCUUCUAUCGUCGUCGAUCCGGGCUCCUGUUUUGCCCGCACCCGCACGCAGGCUGGUUGCCAAGAAAGACAGGGCGAGUGCGCGGCGCCCAGCUCCGACCGUGCUUCAUAGCUCAUCUGGCCGGGGACGGGGAUAUUCGCGUUGCUCGCUUGCCCGGCGGGUAGCUGUAGCCUGUAGGCGAGAAUCGGGAACGGGGGUGUUUACAGGCCAUGAAGUAUAACACGAGGAAAGACGCGAGCGGUGGCGGUGGCGGCGCGCCGUUUGCCAUCCCAUGCGUCGACAUCAAGUCGUUCGUGGCCUCGCUCGCCUUCCUCACGCUGUUCGUCGUGUUCUGGCAGCUCCAGCCCUACGGCUCCGUGCUCACCGCGGCUCGCACCUCCGCCUCGCCCCCUUGCACCCUCCUCCCCACAACCGCUGCCAUCGACCUCGCCUCUCCUGAUACCACCAGCAGCACUGCCGCAAAGACGGACCAACCGGCGGCGGCGGCGGCUGUUUCAGCUACUGCCGCCGGCGCAAAUGCUGCCCCGGUGUGGUUGGCAAAGGCAGCGAGGCCGGCGCGGCCGGAAGAUCCGAACAAGCGCGUGUUCCGGCCGUACGGUAGCGCGGCGGCGCUGUUCGUGCAGAUGGGCGCGUACCGGGGCGGGCCGCGGACGUUCGCCAUCGUGGGGCUGGCGUCCAAGCCCACCCACGUGUUCGGCACCCCCUACUUCAAGUGCGAGUGGCUGCCCAACCCCACCGCCGGCGACCCCUCGCCGCGCCCCGUCCGGACCAAGGCGUACAAGAUGCUCCCGGACUGGGGCUACGGCCGCGUCUACACCGUGGUCGUCGUCAACUGCACGUUCCCCUCCAACCCCAACGCCAGGAACGCCGGCGGCAAGCUGCUCGUCCACGCCUACUACUCCACCGCCUCCCGCCGGCACGAGCGCUUCGUCGCGCUGGAGGAGGCGCCGGGCUCCUACGACGAGUCCCGCUUCAGCCCGCCGUUCCAGUACGACUACCUCUACUGCGGCUCGUCGCUAUACGGCAACCUCAGCGCCAGCCGAGUGCGCGAGUGGGUGGCAUACCACGCGCGCUUCUUGGGGCCCAGGUCGCACUUCGUACUCCAUGACGCCGGCGGCAUCAGCCCGGAGGUGAAGGCGGUGCUGGAUCCGUGGGUCAGGGCCGGCCGGGUCACCGUGCAGGACAUCCGGGCGCAGGCGGAGUACGACGGAUACUACUACAACCAGUUCUUGGUGGUGAACGACUGCUUGCACCGGUACCGGCACGCCGCCAAUUGGACCUUCUUCUUCGACGUCGACGAGUACCUUUACCUGCCCAACGGGCAGAAGCUCGCCGAAGUGAUCGGCCAGCUCUCGGGUUACUCUCAGUUCACCAUUGAGCAGAAUCCCAUGUCCAGCAAGCUCUGCCUGCAGGAUCCGAGCAGGAAUUACUCAAGAGAAUGGGGAUUUGAGAAACUCGUCUUCCGGAACUCGAUCACCAAAGUUCGCCGGGAUCGCAAGUACGUCAUCCAGGGCCGGAACGUGUACUCAGCCGGUGUGCACAUGUCGCAGAACCUCUACGGGAGGACGACCCACAAGACGGAGGGCCUGAUCAGAUACUACCACUACCACGACUCCAUCAACGUCAUGGGAGAGCCUUGCCGUGAGUUCGUGCCAAUGCCAGCGAACGGCAGCAAGACGAUGUUCGAAGGGGUUCCCUAUGUAUACGACGAUAACAUGAAGCGAUUGGCUGGCGAGAUCAAACGGUUUGAGAAGGUAACCCUUGGAUCAGCUCGGACAUAGUAGCAGCUUGGCAACUGAAGGCUGGUGGUACAGAUAGAUUUGAUAUUCUUUGAGUGCCUGGCUCAUGUCAUGUGUACCAUGGAGCUCACUCUUCUACAGUUCUACUGAUACUGAUUGGUCGGCACUGCAUCUGGCUGGCGAUGGACCUCUUACGGUGGUCCAAAUGGAAAUGGUGUAAAGUUUUGGUCUUUAUUGGCAUGAUCUCUCUACAGGGUCACUGCUAGCUGUUGGUGCAAUCUGUCCUCUUUUACCUUUUUCUCCUGUAUCCUCUAUCCAUGUCUGUUUAUCGAUCUGUGUAGACUGUAGACUCAUGAAGCUGGCUUUUUACUAGUAUUUUAUU